CAUUWAAAGUUCAAAGGCGAAAAGAGAGGACAUUUGGGAAAGACAUUUAUACCAAGUUAACAUGAACAACAGCUCACUCGAUAUUAUGAAAGGUGGCGCAUGGCAUUUAGAAUUCUCUUUUGCUGAAUUACUUGGCUGGAUGUCAUCAUGCAGCAUCGUGGCAUUCAUCGCUGUUGUUGGAAACUCGUUGGUUAUUGCUGCCUUUGUAAGGGCUGUGAACCUACACUCCAGACUCAACUAUUUCGUGGUUGGAUUAGCAGCAGCAGAUAUCCUUGUAGGAGUUACUUCAAUCCCAAUGUGGAACUAUAUUCUGUACUUGACAUGGAGGGGACUGGGAAUAUCGGUUUUGGUAACUCGUCUGUAUGAARCUUUGGAUGUAUUUGCAGCAGUCAAUUCCAUUCUACAUCUGAUGGCGGUGAGUUCUGAGAGGCUCUACGCAACCAUUAGACCAUACUCCUGGAACAACAAGAUGCACUCCAAGAAGAUUUACUUUUGUUUUUUGGUGGUCAUCUGGACCCUUUCCUCCGUCAUCGCUGCAUUGUUUGCAGUCCCGUUCAAUAGCGCUGUUAAUGAACUUCGAUUCCACUUGAUGAACACACUCUUCUUUUUGCCACUCGUCAUCAUUUGCGUUGCAUACAUUGGAAUCUGGUUUGGAGUCAAAAGGAGAACCCAUCUACGUCCAGGACAUGGCAGUGAAAAAUCAAUCAGACUUACCCUCACUGUCUUGAUUGUGAUUGGUCUUUUUUUAGUUGCUUGGUUACCAUUUUUUAUUGUGAGGUUCAUCCUGGAGGACUGCCAAAGUUACUGUGUAUCAUGGCGCUUGUUCUUUUUCACUAAAUUUCUACACUUUAGUAAUUCUGGAAUUAACCCUGUAAUUUAUGGAUUGAGGAUUCCGGAAUAUCGAAAAUUUCUGUCACAAGUCGUGCAUUUGAAGUACUUGAAUUUCCUUGCAAGUGCAUUAUUUGAUCACACAAAUGAUUUCAGAAGACAAAGCUCUAGACUUGAUACAGCUAUACAUGGCCCAUCUAGAAGCAAUUCCAAACUGAUAAAGACAUCGGGAGUUUAAUCGAACACUGAAAGCCGUUAUGCAUAAGACUGCAAGCAUUCUGAUAAAAGUAAAAAAACUACUAACCUAUUGUCUACCUUUCAGUAUAUUUAAAGGUAAAAAAUAACUAUUGAUUUCCUCUCAAUUCAUAGUGUAUUUUUUUGAGCUCAAGUUUAGCUCACUACACACUCACCCUUCCACCGGCCAGCUCACUGCAGCAAAGUGGAGAAGUCUCGUAGUUGAGAAGUCAAUUAGUUCAGUUAAUUCGAGUUGCUCAAUCCGACGAACAGGUCAUCACAGCAGUCCAGCAAAACACCACGAUGGUUACUGGAACCAAGCAAAGCCACUGAUGCAUUCUUUGGGCUCAGUUUACAAAAAAAUAUACGGUUGAAAAUGUUUAGAUUGUGAUGCAGCCAAGCCCCAACAAAUAUUGCAAAUUUGGCUUCUCCUCGGUCACUGAAAAACUUUUUUGUGAAUUAAAAAGAUUAAGACUUCAUUUAUCAACUA